AUCACUUAUUAUUUACUCUGAAUAAUGUAAAAAUUGAUCUCUUUCAAAACAUUGCAUUAAAUCUCCUUUCCGUCCCCCAAAAGAACGUUUUUAAGGAAAGUACCUUUUACUAUUUUUAGCCAAAAUUCGCCCGGCUGACGUCAUUUAGUGUAUUAGAAUAAUCUCCCUUGCUGAGCGAGCAAAACUUGUCGAGACAUGUUAGAUUUCAGAAACGCUGAAUAGCGGACUUUUUAAAGGUAAAGUUUAAAGUGUACAGAGGUGAUAGAUUGAUUGAUUUUUGGAUAUACUACCAAUAGUAAGAUGCAAGACAUUCAAGGGAUAGAUGAAGAGGUAAUGAAGGCAGGGGAGGAGGCCCAGGCGUCUGGGCAGUUGACGCCCCUCAUUAAAGUGGAGCUUUGGUCGAAAAUUCAGUCCCGAAGAUUAUCAGAGGGGAAGGAGGAACUCAACGUCCAGUUCAGUCCACCCACGGCCAUACCUUUGACAGAGGAGGAAGAGGAAAAAAGUAGAAGGAGGAAAGAGUGUAACAGGGAGGCGGCCUACAGAUGUCGUCAAAAGAGGAAGGAACUACAAAAGGAUAAGGAGAAGGAGUUAGAACUGCUGGUGGCCAAGAACGAAGAUUUGAAACGGCAGAUCGAGCAUCUUGAGCAGGAGAUAGAAAUGUAUAAGGGUUUACUCAGUGUGGAGCCUAUCGGUAACCCGGCCUCGCCGGAACAACAGGUGCCAGGUCACUGGAGCGGAACGGACUUCCUGGAGUAUUCCCUGUGAGACCCUGUUAUUAGUCCACGCAUUAUAAAGCAUUAUCAUGUUGUAAAUUUUACCAAACUUUUUCAUCAACUGAUUUUUUUAAACAUUUUUUUUCACAGCAUAUUGUAUUUUGUUAUCAAUACAUAGACUCCAAAAAGUGAUAAACUUUUCUGAAGUUACCAUUAAUAUGAAGAAUCGUUCCUGGAUUUUUAAUUUUUGAGCUUCAUUUGGCGAAAUUUUUUUUGUUUUAACUGAGGAGCCAGUUGUCUCCAUAUUUUUCAAUUCUCAGGGAAAGUAAGUGAAGCUCCUGUAGUGCUAUAUCAUUCCAUUGAAUUCUUAGUCACAUUAAAUUUCUCAGAAUGAUUCAAAUGGCAUAAACUGUGUAUAUAAUCUCAGUGUAGGUGUAAAUCACCCUGAUCGUAUUUGUUUGGUUGUAGCGCAUCUGUAAAUAUUACAUUUAUUUGCUUAGUCAACUUUAUCAUCAUUUUGUUGUUAAAAUGUUUUGUAAGUUUUUGAGAUUUUUGCUUUGUUAAAAGCUGUUGCAGUAUUUUUGAUGUUAUUUUGUUUAAACAUAUACUAUUUUUGUUUUGUAUAAAAUGUUUAUUACUUACUGCUACGCCAGUGUUUCAUUGGUCAGUUAAUCACGAGACCAAUUCAAUCUGUAUUGUUAGCUGGGCAUUAAAUGCUAUAAAGCCAUGUAAUGACAUUCAUAUCAUCAGUGAAUGCUUUAAAAGUACAAAUAAGAGAAGUUGGGCGGGAUUGUCUCGGAAAUUGAUAAUCCGGAUUUAUAUUGCCAUAUGUUUGUAACGAGAUAUUUGAUUAUUUUUUUCUCGCUGAAUAUGUAGUACAGUGUAUACGUUUCAUUUGGCAUUCUUUUUAAUUCGCCCUUUUCAUAACUUUAAUUUUUGUAGUCAUAUUUUACCAUCCGGUUCAUAAUUGUAUGCAAUGUAGAAUUAACCUCAGUUAUUCUAGUUACAUCUCCUAUACUGAAUAACUGUGUCCAGUGUGAGUGGUCAUACAAGAACGAUAGUGAAGAGUUGUAUGUAUAACUGACAUUCAGGAAUGUACUUAUACUGUACCAUCUAGUGCUGACAAAUGUGUUCAAAGACCCAGCAUAUUGCCACAAUGCCAACAGUGCUGGUAG